AAGUGUACAGUGGCAUCAAGCUCAGCGCGAGCUCCCGGGAACGCUCCAACGCCUUCAGCCUGUUUCCCAGGACCGGUCCCCGGCUUCGCGCCCCAAUUUCCAACAGCCUGCCUGUCCCCCGGGAACGUUCUAACAUCCUUGGGGAGCGCCCCAGCUACAAGACACUGUCCUGAGAACGCUGUCAUCACCCGUAGUUGCAAGUUUCGGAGCGGCAGUGGGAAGCAUGCGGGACUACGACGAGGUGAUCGCCUUCCUGGGCGAGUGGGGGCCCUUCCAGCGCCUCAUCUUCUUCCUGCUCAGCGCCAGCAUCAUCCCCAAUGGCUUCAAUGGUAUGUCAGUCGUGUUCCUGGCGGGGACCCCGGAGCACCGCUGUCGAGUGCCGGACGCCGCGAACCUGAGCAGCGCCUGGCGCAACAACAGUGUCCCGCUGCGGCUGCGGGACGGCCGCGAGGUGCCCCACAGCUGCAGCCGCUACAGGCUCGCCACCAUCGCCAACUUCUCGGCGCUCGGGCUGGAGCCGGGGCGCGACGUGGACCUGGGGCAGCUGGAGCAGGAGAGCUGCCUGGAUGGCUGGGAGUUCAGCCAGGACGUCUACCUGUUCACCGUCGUGACCGAGUGGAAUCUGGUGUGUGAGGACAACUGGAAGGUGCCCCUCACCACCUCCCUGUUCUUCGUAGGCGUGCUCCUCGGCUCCUUCGUGUCCGGGCAGCUGUCAGACAGGUUUGGCAGGAAGAACGUUCUCUUCGCAACCAUGGCUGUACAGACUGGCUUCAGCUUCCUGCAGAUUUUCUCCAUCAGCUGGGAGAUGUUCACUGUGUUAUUUGUCAUCGUGGGCAUGGGCCAGAUCUCCAACUAUGUGGUAGCCUUCAUACUAGGAACAGAAAUUCUUGGCAAGUCAGUUCGUAUUAUAUUCUCUACAUUAGGAGUGUGCACAUUUUUUGCAGUUGGCUAUAUGCUGCUGCCACUGUUUGCUUACUUCAUCAGAGACUGGCGGAUGCUGCUGCUGGCGCUGACGGUGCCGGGAGUGCUGUGUGUCCCGCUGUGGUGGUUCAUUCCUGAAUCUCCCCGAUGGCUGAUAUCCCAGAGAAGAUUUAGAGAGGCUGAAGAUAUCAUCCAAAAAGCUGCAAAAAUGAACAACAUAGCUGUACCAGCAGUGAUAUUUGAUUCUGUGGAGGAGCUAAAUCCCCUGAAGCAGCAGAAAGCUUUCAUUCUGGACCUGUUCAGGACUCGGAAUAUUGCCAUAAUGACCAUUAUGUCUUUGCUGCUAUGGAUGCUGACCUCAGUGGGUUACUUUGCUCUGUCUCUGGAUGCUCCUAAUUUACAUGGAGAUGUCUACCUGAACUGUUUCCUCUCUGCCUUGAUUGAAAUUCCAGCUUACAUUACAGCCUGGCUGCUAUUGCGAACCCUGCCCAGGCGUUAUAUCAUAGCUGCAGUACUGUUCUGGGGAGGAGGUGUGCUUCUCUUCAUUCAACUGGUACCUGUGGAUUAUUACUUCUUAUCCAUUGGUCUGGUCAUGCUGGGAAAAUUUGGGAUCACCUCUGCUUUCUCCAUGCUGUAUGUCUUCACUGCUGAGCUCUACCCAACCCUGGUCAGGAACAUGGCGGUGGGGGUCACAUCCACGGCCUCCAGAGUGGGCAGCAUCAUUGCCCCCUACUUUGUUUACCUCGGUGCUUACAACAGAAUGCUGCCCUACAUCAUCAUGGGUAGUCUGACUGUCCUGAUUGGAAUCCUCACCCUUUUUUUCCCUGAAAGUUUGGGAAUUACUCUUCCAGAAACCUUAGAGCAGAUGCAGAAAGUGAAAUGGUUCAGAUGUGGGAAAAAAACAAGAGACUCAAUGGAGACAGAAGAAAAUCCCAAGGUUCUAAUAACUGCAUUCUGAAAAAAUAUCUACCCCAUUUGGUGAAGUGAAAAACAGAAAAAUAAGACCCUGUGGAGAAAUUCGUUGUUCCCACUGAAAUGGACUGACUGUAACGAUUGGCACCAAAAUGAACCUUGCUAUCAAGAAAUGCUCGUCAUACAGUAAACUCUGGAUGAUUCUUCCAGAUAAUGUCCUUGCUUUACAAACCAUUUCUAGAGAGUCUCCUUACUCAUUAAUUCAAUGAAAUGGAUUGGUAAGAUGUCUUGAAAACAUGUUAGUCAAGGACUGGUAAAAUACAUAUAAAGAUUAACACUCCUUUCCAAUCAUACAAAUACUAUCCAAAUAAAAAUAACAUCAUUGUAUUAACGCAAA